UUAAUAAAAAAACUCAAAAUAGGUUUAAAAUGGUACAUUUUUGUAGUAAUCAACUUAAGGUCCAUUUUGCAAGUUUCGUCAUGAGAAACUUGGUACAUCGCAGAGUAGACGUCAAUCAUCGCAUUAAUUAUACGCUCGUGGUAACAUAAACAUAACCUAAAAAUGACUUCCGAAAUCCGGCAACUAGCCGAAAAAUACAUAAGCGACCACAACAACCCCAUCACGAAAAAACUGGAAUUAUUUGGUUCAAAGUUGUUUUUGUCGCCACUGACCGAAGAUGAGGAAUGCCGCAAAGACAAGUUCUUCAAAGAUAAAGAAGACUAUUUGAAGCACAACCGAGUUGACAGAAGGGUUGCCCGAGGCGUUGCUGAAUGGCUACCACUCCAAAACCAGGCAAAAGUGACCAAAAUCGUGGGCGCGUUGGCCAAUUUCGGGGUCCAGAACAAAGACGGGAAAUUCUUGAACGCAGAAGAGGCGCUGUUUCUCGUGGAAAUAAAUAAGUUGGAGUUGGUUUGUAACGACGUUCCUAUGGGGAUUGAGGAGGCGUACAAGAAUAUUAAAUGUUUGAAAAAAUACUUGGCGUAUAAACAGCUAGCUUUGCAUGGGUGUAAAUUGAAGACUCCUGUGUUAAAAAAUUCAAGACAGACAGAAGAAGUAGAGGAAGAAGAUGGACCUCCCACAAAAGUUGCAAAAAUAGAUGAAAAUGUUGACCAAGCAACUGAAGUUUUGGAAAAAUUGAGGCAAAAUGCGCCACAGACUUUUCAAGCUAGGGAUAGUUUGAAAAAAGCGGCUGAUUUUGACGUGAAUAUGCCGACUUGUCGCGAAAAUUUAGAAAAUUUUAAUUUAAUUGUGUGUACAAGUGAAGAUUAUACAAGCAAUGUUGACGAAGACAAUUUAAAUGUUUUUGCUCUGAACUCGGACGGCGACGUCUCGUUUUAUAAAUUUUAUAACACAAAUAUACCCAUCUUGUAAUUUUUGAACACUUUAUAAAAAUAAAAAGACAGCGCUGCGCAGUGA